UUUUUUUUCCUAGAAUUACAUUCUUUGCAAAUAUUGUCAUUUCAGAGCAUUCAAGUCAUGAAUGCAGCUUUUUCCACUGAAGUUCUAGAUGAUACCAUAAAACUCAGUCGGCAGAACCUAUGGGAGAUCAAAUUUAAAAAACAAACCGGGGCCAUUGAAAGCUGGAAGGUGGACGGAAUACCGGUUAUGCACAAUGGUAUGCUACCGUGCUUUUGGAGAGCGCCAAUAGAUAAUGACAAGGGAGGAGAGGGCCAAAGUUACAUUUCCAAGUGGAAAGCUGCAAAUAUAAAUAAUCUGACUUUCAUUACUGAAACCUGCUCUGCCCUAAAUGUGACUGAUAAUCAAGUGAAAAUUGCAGUAGUAUAUCUUUGCAUUCCAGAAGGUGCUUCACGAUCAGAAAAAUCUAAUGUCCUCUUUAAGGUUGAUAUGAUUUACUCGAUUUAUGGUUCGGGUGACGUCAUACUGGAAUGUAGCGUAAAUCCAAGCUCUGAUUUGCCCCCUUUGCCUCGUGUUGGGGUUGAAUUUCACUUGGAAAAAUCAAUGGACUUAAUCAAGUGGUAUGGAAGGGGACCAUUUGAAUGUUAUCCAGAUCGAAAAGCUGCUGCCCAUGUUGGGGUGUAUGAGCAGAAUGUGGGUGAGAUGCAUGAGCCUUACAUUGUUCCUGGGGAAUGUUCGGGCAGGUCAGAUGUGAGGUGGGUGACAUUUCAAAACAAGGAUGGUCAUGGAAUUUAUGCUUCGAUGUAUGGAAGUUCUCCACACACGCAAAUAAGUGCAAGUUACUACAGCACUGCUGAGCUUGAACGCGCUACUCAUGUUGAGGAGCUUGUGAAGGGAGAUAACAUUGAG